CGCACCGAGUCGCCGUCACCAUUCUUGUUUCAAAAACAAAAACCUUAACGCUAACCUAUUGAAUCGUAUUCACAAUGUCCACUACCCGCAACGGCCACGGGAAAGCGCGCAAGCGCGGUACGCCACAGGGCGCCUCAGCCUCCUCCCCGGCAACUCAAAUUACUGCGAAAAACACGACUGGUACAACCGGUGGCGCAAGACAGGUGCACCGCUCAAGAAGACGCGAGCAGACCCCCACCGGAGGUGCAGCUAGCAGCAAAAACAUGGCUUUUUUUCCGCCUAAUAAAGCUAGUACAAAAUCGCUCACUACGCAAACUGCCAAGCAGAGCUGCUCUCAUUCUUUAGCAGCUGUUGCAGCACCAUCAACCCACCACCAGCGCACUGUUCGUUUACUGCAACUCGCGUUCAUCGUGUUUCUCUUCCACGGGCAAGCGGCGCUGCUUACCGAAGCGGUUUUCCAACACGACGGUUUCCGGUUCGGGUGGGUCUACUGCUUGUUUGAGUUCGGUUUGUACGUUUUGUUGAUCCCGUUGUGCAAUUGGAACAACCGAGGUUUUUGGGAUGAAUGGAACUACGCGGUGCGAAAAUCCGUCUGGAACAGGCUGACAUUCGUCAAAAAUUUGAUACAACAUCAAGGGAAGAUGUCAACACAACUCACUACACAUACAUUAGCAAAAAAUCAGCAGAGCUCGCCCUCUUCUACAACUGCAACACGAGUUCCAUCUUCGAUCUUACAAGUCGAAGAGCACGACCCUGCCUUCCUCUCCGGCGUUUUACUGAUGAUUUCGCAUGGCGCUGGGACCUCCGCCUUCGAACAUUUAUCUUUCACCUUCGGAGCCAUGUGCAAGAGCGCAAAAGUCCCCUGCAUUCUGCUGGGAAGGCGGUUGUACGGGAUGGUCCUUUCUUCAUCUGGACGGCGACAGAGCGAUGAGAUGAAUGUUGAAGCGAACAAGAAGAUUAUCACGUCUCAGGAAUACAUCGGCAGUCUAUCUGUUUUCUUCGGUCUCACCGUGUUUGGAGUUGGGGAGCGGUUCGAGUCCCCCAGGUUUUCCAUCUACGGCCUGGCCUUAAUGCUGUUGAACAUCUGCUGCGCAUCCGUUGGCGUCAACAUUCAGCAGGUGUUUUUGCAGCAGAAGAGGAAACAGACACAAGCUUUUCCUUUUGCUACACGAGCCGCAAGUCAACAUCGUGCGCCGCAACCUACUACUUCUACCAAAGGUCGCGAAGUAGAUCUGCUGAUGAUGAUCCAGUACUCCGUCGGAUUUGUGUUGCUGGUCUGCUACACCAUGCUGUUCGCAAAUGAGUUCCAGAACUGGUACUACUGGUACAGUGAGCGGGUGUCGUAUGCAAGAAAAAAUCUGUGUAAGUGUAAAAACUCUGUAAUGCAGAACAUGCAACGGAGUUACACCUGUCAUGCCAGACAACCAUGAAGUCCUCUUUUCAUGUGUGUUUUCCCUUACAAGCCGCGCAUGACAGGUUUUCUCCGUCAUGUAGAGCAAAUUUGUGACGCUGCCAACCAAAGAAAGUUAAACUAACACAGUUUUUUUCUUGGAUAUUUUGACCCUUGCAGGGUUCAGCUGGGACGAUUUUCUCGGCGUCGAAGUAUGCACUGCAAGAAAAGUAUCGUACUCGUACUAAUUGCAUUUAUGCAUUACAGAUCUUUCUGUUAAGGCAAAUCCGCAAUACAAAUUCAAUUUGUAAUGCUAAGCCAAUUUGUAAUGCAAUUUAUACUAGUACGAUGCUUUUGCAUUGCAUACGAAGUCCGAAAGGACUACUUGCUUUCCGGCCUCGUCGCGACAGGAGAUUCAACAUACCUCCAAAACAGUUCAUCUAGUUACCUCGCGAGAUUGCAGAAUUUCUUUUACGCGAAGCCGCACGACUCGAACCCGGCAAUUUUCAGACUCGGAAUUCCGAUGCAAACUGGGAACAAGGUUUUGAUUCUGAUGUUCCUCGACAAUUUCCUGUCCUUCUGGGGCUUGCGAAUCAUUUUUAAAAUCACGAAGGAGUACGACGCGGCGAGAACAAACGCGAUUUGUGGGUGCAGGAAGAUGAUAACCUUCGCUUUGUCCUACGUUAUCUUCCCGAAAGUCUUCGGUUGGUACCACUUAUUCGGGUUAGUCUUCGCAAUUCUCGGCGGAAGCUUGUUGCACGUCGGAGCAGAGGGAAAGGGACACAAGAACGUUGGGAAGACAGGAACAGCACGCGGGGGUCCAGAAAGCGACGACGGAGCUCUUUUUUCAGGCGACCGGGACGAGGAAGAGGAAGGCCUGGAAGAUCAUCAUUCGCCUUUCGUCAGCAGCGCCAGGUCGGGGGUUCACUACCUCGCAACUAGUACACCCGGAGGUGGGACUUCUGCUGCAUCUUCAUCGUCUGCAAAAAAGCGACAAAUUGAACACGCGGGUCGUUUCUUACCAAGCCCGAUUUCAGCUAAAAUGAAAGACGAGGAUCUACUUCUGCAGGAAACUGCCUCUCCUGGAAGCAAAAACAACAAAAAUGCUAGUGCACGGAAGAAAAAGAAAACAAAAUGACAAACAUGUGAAAUUUCAAUCGCGGUACUACAGACACAGGACAGUCCCUGCUUACAGUAGCCACUUUCUCUUUCACACCUGGCUCUACAGUACUAGAUGCUGUGGAGGAU